AUCUGUUAUCAUGAAAAUCAGCAUGAAAUUGGAUUAAAAUAAAAAUGUAAGAAAAUUCGGUUAUUUUAAUUCAAAUUUCAAAAUAUUUACAAUGAAGCGUGGAGUUUAAUCUUAAUUUCAUUUAUCUCAAUGCAAGUUAGUUUUAAUGUAUGUAUUUUUAAAAUUAAAAAUUAUGAUAGUGAAUCUUCGAAAAAUUUAAUUUAAUCGCAAUGGAAGAAGAUGAAGUGAAUUCUACACCUUCUGAUAAAUCCAAUUCAUCGAAAAAGAAAUAUACACCCACACCAAAGUUAUCAGAGCGCAAACGUUCACUAUUUCGUAUUUCAAAUAAAAUUGAAAAACCCAUUGCUGAAGAAGAGGAACCAUUAUCCUCUGAUUUACACUCCGAUCAUAGUUUAGACGGUCUUGAAUUUUGUGACAAUGAUAAUGAAAAAUUACCAGCCAAAAGUAGUUUAUUAAAAAGUUCGUCGUUUCUAACACGCAUCGAGGAUAUAAACAAUGAUGAUUUUCUUUUAUCUGCGGAUAGUUCAAAUGAUUUUGAAAUCCCUGUACAAAAGUCCAUCGAAAUUGAGUUGCCCAAAGUUUUAAAAGAAUCAGAAAAAACUUUAAAUUUUCAUAAUUUUAUAGCUUCUGUUAAAAAAUCCGAUUCCAGUCCAAGUCCUGUAUUAACUAAAGAAAGUUCAAAAUUUAUAAAGCAUUUAUCAAACAGUUCUGUUGACUCGAAUACGGUUAUACCUGAAACUCCACCUAAGAAAAAUACACCAAGAACUCCUUAUGAAACGUUAAACACUGAUUUACAAUUACCUCGUAUGAAUAAUCGAAAAUCAUUAUUGGGUAUAUUCAAAAAUUUUGGUGAAAAUAUUUCAAAUAUUGAAAAUUUAAAUGAUAAAUAUAUUAACGAUUCGAAUAAUGAAAAAUUACAAAAUUUAUUAACAAGUGAAAUAAAAUCACAUGGUCUAAAACGUGCUUUAGAAACAUCAACACCAGAUUCAAUACCGUCAAAAGUAAUGAAGCUCGAUGAUAAAAAAUCACCAAAAGCUCGCACUUCAUUAUUUGCAAGCGCCGAUGAAAAUAAAAAUGAAUCAGAGGAUAGUGGUGUCUCCCCUAAAAUGUUUUAUCGUCCGUCGUUAUCACCAGUGAAAAAAUCAAAUACAAAUGAACUUUCUUUUAAAUCAGAUAGUAAGAUUGUUCUUCGUAGUAGUAACAGACAAAGUGGUGGGAGAAAAAAUAGUGUAUUUUUAUGUGGUCGAUCAAAAAAACGUAACUCUUUCGGAGAAAUUAAUGCUGGCGUUCGUACGGGUAUUAAAAAACCAAAAUUGAAGAAUAAAAUUACUCAAAGUACAAAAAAACAUCUUUUCAAAGAAGAAGCUUUGAAACUUUUACGUGAAAAACAAGAUAAUUAUCAAACACCAUCCAUAUGGAACAAAAAAAUUAUAUCAAAGUUUUCGAAAGUCCCGUCAAUACUCCCAUCGGAUAAAGUUAACGAAAUGGAUCAAUUAAUCCAAAAAAUCAAACAACCAACUGUUGUUCAAAAUGUAAAGAGAUCGCAUGAAGUACCAUUAGACACUUCAAUUCCUCCAGACGCUUCGAAUAUAAUACAAGAACCUAAACGAAUAAAAUUAGAAGAGAAAUUAAAAGAAAAUAAGGAGAAUGUUGAAGGAAAACCACGUAAAUUUUUUAAAUCUGGUGUUUCAAAUGAAAAAUGCACCGUGAAACUUGUAAAUAAUAUUACGCUAAAAUUUCAAAAUGGUAAAAUGAAAAUGCAAUCGAAACCGCUACGAAAAAUUCAUACAUCGCGUCCUUAUACGUUUGAUGCUACUGAUUUAACCGUUGACAGUAAUGUUAAAUUGAAUAAUAUGGACGAAGUUAUUAAGCAUCUAGAUGAAAUUCCUGACAAAGAAGAAUCGUCCAUACAACCUCCAAUUUCUGUACAAUCAGAAAAUGGGAACAAACUAGUACUUUCAGCUCAUUAUUCGUGUUCGAAAGACGAUAACUCGAUAAUUCUCCAUCAACCCCCACCCGAAAUUGAAAUGAAAGAUAUUGCACCCCAAAAUCCAGUGAUAACGAAGUUAAAUAAUCCAGAGGAUAUAAUCAUGUCUCCAACAUCCUUAAUGUGUGAUAUGACCUCCGGUCUAGCGUUGACCAGCCCUAAAAAACAUAUUAAUAUAACUAAAGCUGCAAAUUUAACGGAUAAAUUAUCAAAUUGCCCAACAAAAGAUGAAAUCCAAAAAUCACAAUCAAAAGUUUAUCCAGUUUUUGUAAAAGGUCAUCAAAGUACUGCGGCUCAAACAUUAUCGUAUGCAGUAAAUCGAAAAAAUUUCUCGACACGUAAUCGUCGUAUUUGGAAAACAUUAGAUGAUCGCCAAUAUCAAAUUGAUGCAGGUCAAAGAAAGUGGGGUGUCACACAAUGUCCAACAUGCGAAGUAGUCUACUCUCAAAAUGAACCUGAAGAUGAACAACGUCAUUUAGAUUUUCACAAUAAAGUUCAAUAUUUACGAUUCAAUGGUUGGAAAAAUGAGAAAAUUGUUGGAUAUUGUAACUUUAAUCGUGCUCGUAUUAUUGAAGUUGGACAAAAUGAUUCAAAAGUAUGGUGGAAACGUAUAACAGAUUUAUUAUUUGUAAUUGAUCGAGAAUUGGGAUACAGUAAUCUUCAAGUGAUCAAUUCAAAUGUAUCUAAGGUAUAUUUAUAUAUUGAAAAUAAACAAAUACAUGGAUUUUUAUCUGCUGUACCGAUAAAAGAAGGAUAUCGAAUGAUUCCAACAGAAAAUGUUGAUUGUUGUAGUCAAACACCAUCAUCAGCAAAAUGUGGUGUAACACGUAUUUGGGUUGCUAGUUCUUACAGACGUAAAAAAAUUGCAACCAAUUUAAUGAACGCAUUACGUAAAUCAUUUAUAAUGGGUUAUCAUUUAACAGUAAAUGAUUUAGCAUUCAGUACGCCAAGCACGAGUGGUAAACUUUUUAUACAAAAUUAUACAAAAACUAAUGAAUAUUUAAUU